AUGAUCGAAGACACGGCUUCUCUUCCCGGUUAUUCAAUUUUCCGCCAUGAAGAGAGCGACCAAGCUCCUGACUUGUCUAGGCAAGCUGUGAUGUACCCCUCGGCCCGCGACCCGAUCGUCGUGCCUUUGCCAUCAAACUGGCAGAGCGUGGGUCCAGCAAGGUUGCUGAGGUCAUUGUCAACCUGGCCAAAGGAAAAGGUUGAGACGUGGAAGGCUGUGUCCCAGGUUGCACCUACCUUGACUCUCGAAGACCUCGAUGUCACGGAACGGAUUGCCCGAACGAACCCGAAAAUCAUUGAGGUUUGCCGUGAGAUUGGCAUUACUGAUAUGUCCAAGGUGUUUUUCGAUGCCUGGGCUAUUGGGUUCGACCACUGCUGGGGGUUUGAACGUCGUCUCCAACAGGGACUGCCCUACUACCGUAACUCGCCGAUGGACAACCAAUACGCGCAUCCCCUAGACUUUUCAGUGGUCGUGGACACCGAGACGGAAGAGGUUCUCGCUAUUGACGUCCGGCAUGUCAACGGAGAGCGUACCCAGGUCCUGCUGGAAGAACACAACUAUCUACCAGAGUUUAUCAAAGAGUCGUACGAUGGCACCAGGCUCAGGCCUAUCGACACUACUCAGCCGCAGGGCGUUUCAUUUCGCAUGCAGGGCAACGAGCUCUUCUGGGCAGGCUACAAGAUGCAUGUUGGUUUCAACUACCGCGAAGGCAUCGUCAUCUCAGACGUGCGAAUCCACGACCAACAACAACAACGAGAUCGUACACUGUUUAACCGCAUUAGCGUUGUCGAAAUGGUCGUCCCGUACGGCAACCCGGACCCCCCUCACCAGCGGAAGCACGCUUUUGACGUUGGCGAAUACGGCAGCGGGCUGAUGACGAACUCGCUAAACUUGGCCGUGAUUGCAAGGGCGAAAUCCAUUAUCUCGACGCAAUCAUUACUGCGGCCAACUACGAGUAACUAUGCGUUCUAUCAUACCUUUACUCUCGACGGCACAUACAAACUCGAGAUCAAGCUCACAGGAAUGUUGAACACGUAUUGCAUGCACUCAUCAGAGUCGGCAGCUCCGUACGGCACCGAGGUUGCGCCUCGGCUGAAUGCGCAUAAUCACCAGCAUAUCUUUUCAUUGAGAAUUGAUCCCGAGAUUGAUGGGCGGAACAACUCUGUGUUGCAAAGCGACGUGGUACCCUCAGACGCGCCCGUGGGAUCACAGGAAAAUCCGUUUGGCAACGGGUUCUACUGCAGAAAGACGCCAUUACGCACUUCGGAGGAGGGCGCUUCAGUGUAUUGCCACGAGACGAGUCGGGCGUGGGAUAUCAUCAAUCCGAGUAGCAUCAACCCUUCAGCGAAAAAGCCGGUUGGGUACAAGAUCAUCAACCCCAAUUGGCCGCCUCUUUUGGCCAAACCGGGGAGCAUGGUGUGCAAACGGGCGGCGUUUGCUCGCAAAAGUCUCUGGGUAGUCCCGUACAAGGACUAUGAGCUUUUCCCAGCCGGGGACUACGUUUGCCAGUCUACGGGAGAGGAGCACCUGCAUAACCAGACAGUUGUGGAUUGGGUGGCACGAAACGAGUCAAUCGAGAACACAGAUAUCGUGUGCUACAUUCAGUUUGGUCUCACGCACUUUCCUCGGACGGAGGACUUUCCGAUCAUGCCCGCGGAGCCGGUGAGCGUGAUGCUGCGAGCCUCCAACUUUUUUGAGAAGAAUCCAGGACUUUGGGUACCGCCGUCGUCGGUGUGUGUCGAUCGGACGUCCAGGGAUGCGUUCUGCGCCAAUGAGGGGAAGCGUGGUUGCGCUCGGUUGUAA